GUUGCCGAGCAGCCGAGGAGACGCUCACUUCCGCGUCGGCCCUGGGGCGUCAGGCGGCGGCGCCGAGGGCCCGGCGGGCCGCAGGUCAGUCGGGGAGGCCGCCGGCUCGUCACACCCUCUGGGGCGCAGGAGCGGGGCGCCGGGUGGGCAGCAGCCCGCGAAGCGGCGGGACGACCGGAGGAAGGGCCCGGGCCUCGUGUGUACCAUGGGCGCCCCGGGCUGCAGGCUCGGGCUUUGGGCUGACUCGGGGUCCCAGGCCGCGGAGACCCCGGGGGGCCUUCUGACUCCCCAGCUCCUCCUCCUCCCGGCUUCGGCUUCGAAAGAGGAUUGUGAGCCCCAGGAGCAGUGUUUCUCAAAGUGGGGUUCGCGGGCGGAUCCCUACCCCUCCUCAGACUUUCAUGGGAUUCUGUUGUGACCCGAGUGUCUGCAUUAUCCCUGGCGUCCCUGAUGGUUUUGUACAGAGUGGGACUGAGACUCAUUAUUUUGAGGUUUCUGAAAGUGACGUGAGGCAAAAAUCCUGGUGCCAGGGGAGCAAUGGAAGGCCACAAGUCAGAAGAGGAGGUGCUGGAUGUCCUACGACUGAAUGUGGGCGGCUGCGCUUACACAGCCCGGCGUGAGUCCUUGUGCCGCUUCAAGGACUCUAUGUUGGCCUCUAUGUUCAGUGGUCGCUUUCCUCUAAGAACGGAUGAGUCAGGGGCUUGUGUUAUUGACCGUGAUGGACAUCUAUUUAAAUACCUUUUGGAUUAUCUUCAUGGAGAAGUCCAGAUUCCUGCAGAUGAGCAAACCCGCGUUGCCCUGCAGGAAGAGGCUGAUUACUUUGGCAUUCCCUAUCCCUACAGCCUGUCUGACCACUUGGCCAAUGAAAUGGAAACAUAUUCUUUAAGGUCAAAUAUAGAACUUAAAAAGGCUUUAACAGACUUCUGUGAUUCGUAUGGCUUAGUUUGCAAUAAACCAACAGUUUGGGUUCUCCACUACCUUAACACAUCUGGUGCAAGCUGUGAGAGUAGAAUCAUUGGUGUGUAUGCCACGAAGACAGAUGGAACAGAGGCUAUUGACAAGCAGCUGGGAGGAAGGAUUCACAGUAAAAGCAUUUUUAAAAGAGAGGCGGGAAAUAAUGUCCAGUACAUCUGGAGCUAUUAUUCAGCUGCAGAGUUGAAGAAGAUGAUGGACGCCUUUGAUGCUUGGGAAGGAAAAGGUGUGAGCUACUGGCGGGUGCCACACGAGCUGAUCGAGUGCUGGACUCUGGAGGAGCGGCCGCUGCUGGGAAGCCUGCGCCACAUGGCCCCUGUCCGGAAGAGGCGCCUGGUCACGUUCCCUGAAGAGGCAGAAGAUGUGAACUGUAAGCCUGGUCCUAAGCCCAUCCGGUUUUUGGGCCCUUCCACGAGUACCCAGAUUAAAGUCAAGAACUCGGCCUCAGUCAGGGUGUCUCCGACGACUGCCGCCUCAUCCUCGGCUCGGGUGACCAUGCGCCAGUGUCACAGUAGCAGCAGUGGAAUGGCAGCUCCAUGCCUGGUGACUUCCAAGGCCGUGUCCCUGGGAGGUAUGGCGACCUCAGCCCUUACCCAGGCGUCCCUUGGGGCUGGGGGCGCUGAAAAUGGAGGUGCACAUCCACCUGCAGUGAAGGUGCUGCUCCCCGACAGAAAGGCCACACCCCACCGUGUGAUAAAGCUCAAGAGGACUCCUCUACGUGCUGUGGUGCCCUCCCGGCCCGCAGCUACGGGCAGCCAGGACUGCACCCCAGAGCCGCCUCCCCUCCUCGAGGCCUCCAGCUCUCAGGGUGUACAGACUGAGCACGGGACCGACCAGGACACCGACCAGGAGGCUAAUGGAGAGGGUGGUGGACUGGGAGGCUCCUGUUCCCUGUCCCAAGCUUUCAGCCCUUUCCAUAUGCACAAGUGA